CAAAACAUUACCACGUGAAUCCUGCAAAGACAAGGAACUUAAUUCCAUCGAAGUGAGCUGCACGUCAAUGCAAAAAAAGUGAGACUCUAAGAAGGCUCCAAGAGGAUCGCAUCACACGCAUCAGUUCUUAUACUGAAAAACUACGUUAAGACCUCAAGUAGCCUCGUGCGGCAAGCAUUCCAUAACAUUAAAUCUGACGAUCGAUCGUGAUGAAGAAGUCAACAACCUAUCUACUUUGUUUGUUUGAUCAUCAACGUUAGAUCAACUAGACAAUAGCCCAAUAUAUAGAAGUUGCAUCAGGAACUGUAGGGGUCCACUCAAAUCGGAAGUUGCAGUUCCUCCUUUGCCUAUCAAAUGACGAAAGCUGAUUGAAAUAAUUCUACAAGUGCGUACGAAAAUUAUGAAUCAUUUUGACUAAGGCUGAUUAUUGACUUUAAGAAGAAUGCAAGACUUAGCAGUCUUGGAGCUAACAGGAGCUAAAGUUGGUGCCAUGGCACAUAAUCCCAGUGGUUCAGAGGUGAACAAUUACCUCCAAUUUGAAGAUUUCCAAAUGCUGCAGGGAACCACUGAUGGAAUGCCAGAAUCAGCCACAUUUUUUCAGCAUUUAUUGUCUCAACCCAGUGAGAGCCCGAGCAUCGUCAAUUCUCAAGAUCCAGAGUAUAGCGGAAGCCCGCUACAGUUUUUAAACAACAACCAAGCCAUUCCGCCUCAAACAUCGCGAUCGGCAGAUCAAAGCAAUUUCUACCAAGCCGCAUCGCCACAAAAUGAAGCGCAGUACCAUUACAGCCAAAUCAGCAACAUGUACCAUGCAUCGCCAACUCACCCUGGCAUGCCGUCGCCCAAUAACAUGACACCUACGUCUCCUAAAAAGAGCCCAACGAUAGGUCAGGGCGGUGAACGACGCUUUAACUUCCCGAAUCAACCACAGCAGAUCACUUACGCACAGAUGCCCCAUGCAACCAGCACUUCACCAUCAUUACAAGCGUUGCCCGAGACUGCUCGAUUUUCUGGCAACUAUGGCUUUGAAUUGAGCUUCGGUCCCCCAACCCCAGGAGCAACCAAAUCAAUCGACUACACCUACUCACACCACUUGAGAAAGCUGUAUGUGCAAAGGGGAGCCCAUUGCCCCUUUAAGUUCAAAUCAGAGAAGACGCCUCCCGAGGGGAGCUACAUAAAAGUUCUCCCUGUGUACAAAGGAACGCAUGUUCUCAGUGAGUCAGUUAAGCGAUGUUCAAACCAUGCUAUCAGCGAAGAGGAGUCUGGAAACUCAGAUGCGACCUCUCGGUACCAUUUUGUCAGAAGUGACAACCCUAUGGCCAGCUAUGAAGCUCUAGACAGCGGGAGAUUGUGCGUGACGUUCCCUUUCACAGGGCCACAAGUUGGUGCUGAAUUUCAAACUGAGCUUUUGAGCUUCCAGUGCUUCAAUUCGUGUGGAAACAGUGCACAUGCGAAACGAAGAAUUGACGUCAUAUUCACAUUGGAGCACCAGAAUCGAGUUUUGGGUCGUCAGGUUAUAGAAGUCAGGGUUUGUGCUUGCCCAGGGAGAGACAGGCAAAAUGAGGAACAGAACCAGUCUGGCGGGCAAAGAAAAAGACGCAGUUCACAAAGUGUUCAAGUUAGUUCAAAGCGAAAAAGAGGUGGCAGCAGUGUGGAGACCUACACUUUGACGACUCCAAACCUGCAAGUGUUCGAGAUUUUAUUGAAAGUUCAAGCACUACUGGAACCAAACGCUGAGUCACAAAGCUUAGAAGGCCAGUCACACUCUCCUGCAUCUAAUGCAUCAAGCCCCCAACAAGCAAGGAACCAAACCGUGCCAGAGUCAGAAAGUGAAGGCGACUAAUCACUGAUAAAGAUAUGGUAUGUUUUCAAAGAAGAUAUAUGAAGCCUCAAGCAGGUGAAACCUGUUUCAAUAGAGCUGUGUUUUGUUUUUAGUUUUAUUAUCGUUAGGCUACCACAUAUCACCACCUAAAGUUCAAUGCAUACCCACAAGGCAAGCCUCAGACCCUCAUCAAACACCGCAUAAAUGUCUCGUGAAGUCAACCCCACUUUAUGAAAUUAUUAUAGCUAAAAUCUGUCCUGAAAAUGAUAACAGAAUUCUUAAAAUCGUGAAUACAACUCAGUUGAAAAGUUUUGUGACUGCGUGAUUGUGUCGACCGUGCACAAAUAUUUGUCUCAUUUUGGUGUGAUUAACAUGAGGCACUGGGGCUUCUGCUUUGUUCUUCUUUUAUAUUCAUUGUUGUGAAAAGAAUUACGCCAAACUCAGUUUGUUCCACGAAAUGUCAAAAGCGUAGUCGUCGUUGAUUUGGGCUUUAUUAAGAAAGAUUUGCUAUUUAUGUUGGCGUAAAGAGAAAGGAUAUUUUUUUUAUUUUUGAUAUUUUAAUCAUGCAUUCUCUACUGCUUGGCGAUUUUUGGCUGGUUGCAAAAUCAGCAACGUUGCAUGCAAAUCUAGAAUAUUUUGGCAAUGCUACUUUCUAGACUAAACGCAACCAUGUUAAUGUUUUACUAAAUUGCUUUGUAAUGUUUCCACGGGUGCCAUGAAUUGUUGUUUGGGCGACCCAUGGGUCUGUUUUUAUUAAAUAUUUGGCAAGCAGCUAGAAAAUGCAUGAAUCGUUUCAAUCAAAGAUGAUCGUAUGGUGCUCGCGAGUGAUAAAGAUAUUUGAAGGAAUUUAUUAAUAAUGAAUUUUGUGGAUUGUAAAAUUUUGAAUAUUUUGUAUGAAUGAAUUGAAGAUAAUUAUUGUAUUAGGUAGGCUUGUUAAUUUAGCCUUCAAUAAUUACAGCUAGGCUGGGAAAUUAGCUAAAAGUGCUGCAGAAAUAGUUAGCCUAAUUGCACUUUUACACUUACAAAGGAUCACAAAAAGAAUUCUUUAAUCACGGCUCAAUUUAGGCUUGUUAAACCAACAUUGGCAAAUAACAGAAUUUAUGAAAUUUAUUCAAAAAUUUAAGGUAUGAUACUUAAGUGUAAUUGUCUUUCAGAUAUCUGCAGCACUUUUGGAUUGAUUCGGCCAAAAUAAUUGUGGCUAUCGACCAUCGUACUACUUUCUCGUUUGAUUGAGAAGUGCAGCAAUUUUAUUUUGCUACUUGUUAAGGUUUUAGAAUUCUGUUGAACAGAGUUUUGACGUAAACUCAAGAGCAGCAAAUUUAUUUUGAGGAAUGGGCGAGAUUAGGCUCUGUUGUAAGACCCUUUCUUGUCCCAAAAUAUUUUCAAUGAAUAAAUGUCCUAGCAAGUCAUUUAUUUGAUUUGCUAAACGGUCUUCUGUCUCCAAAAAUUCGACUCUGAAAAUUGUUUAUCUUGCGUGGUAGUGAGUUCAGGUCAUUGCGCAUGCUCGUUAAGUUUAUGGAGUGGGAUGACUCAACCACCGGUCGAUGGUCGAAAACGGAAACUAGCAAUUGUACUUGACUUUAACAAGAAUUUGCUUACACCUACAUGAAUUUGUUGCUCUGAAUGAAAAGCAUUGCCAUUUGACAACAUUAUUUCAGAACCAAAUAUUCAGUUCGUUUUUCUGGGUACUAUAAAAGAUAGUUUUGAUCAUAGUGUUAAAGAGAGUUCAUCCAGCCUCCCCUGGCCUACGAGUGAACACUUUUAACAACUUCACAAUCAAAACAGUGAGAUCAGGGCGUGAUAUGGGUGCGGUAAACGAAUUUCAGCAACUUUCCAGACUCUGAUUUCAAUGUUUGUUAAUGGCAAUUGUUAAAAGAUGUUAUGACGUCUGAAAGUAGGUUAUACCUAAGAUUUGCUUUGUUUGAGCAGUUAAAUGAUUGUUUUAAAUCGAUUCCUCUUUGAUGCGUUUAGUAUUUUUACAAUUCACCUGAUAAAACCGGGAUUGCAGUUUCUAUGAAAGUAUUAAUUAUAUCAUCACCCGUAAUUUGUAUUUGAUCCAACAUUUUUAUCAAGAGAUCGUUUUAAUGGCUCGAGUGGGAGCGAAUAUCGUCUUUGAUUUCAGUAUGACGUAACGAAUAGAUUUUGAUUUUGAGUUGUUGUAGCAAACCAAAAUGUUAAUGAUACGUAAUAAAUGCGCUGAUGGAUUUUGCGCUGAUCGACUUUGGUUUGAGCUCGCUGAAAUAAGAGCUUACUGGCAACAGCAGUUACCUCAUACUGAAACCGAGAUGAUUUCUUCCACACAGGCAACUUCUCAAUUUUAGCACUGACCUGUUUUAAGGCGUCGCAAUUUUCUAUUUUUCUUACCUUUGUAAGAGAAAUCACUUGUAUUAUAAAGAUGUGGCUUUCACAUGAAAUCUAUUCAUAAUUUA